CACUGGCGCAUGCGCAGUACACGUCUCUCCAUCCCCAUUCACAGACACACGCACAAACACACACACACACACGCACACGCACAUCUCAGAGCCAAAGCAUCAGCAGCACAUCUUCCUCAGCAUCUCAGCAGCAUCCAGUGGGCACAGAUUGGAUGCGUGGAUUUUUUCAGUGGAGACCCCUGGAGACUGGUUUACUCCUCCUUAUUCUCUCUCUCUCUCUCUCUCUCUCUCUCUCUCUCUCUCUCUCUCUCUCUCUCUCUCUCUCUCUCUCUGUGUUUGUGUGUGUGUGUGUUCAGUCUGCGUCUAUGGGUUCCACCAGAGCCAGAAGAGGAGCUGCUCCCACACACACCAUGUCCUAGUCCACAGUGCCUCAGGUUUGCAGGGGUUGCUCACUGUCCCCCUGCUGCUCUGCCCGGUCAUGGAGUUCACCUCUUCAUCUGUGUUUGACCAGCACAAAGACUGUGCCGAGGAGGUCGACUUGAACGUGGUGUUCCAAGCAGCAGCCACAGGAGACGUCAACACCCUGACAGCCACGAUACGUGAGGACCCGUCCAUCCUGGAGUACUGUGACAGUGAAGGCUCUACGCCCCUGAUGCACGCUGUCUCUGGGAGGCAGGUGGACACAGUGAAACUGCUGCUGAAGAUGGGAGCAUCCAUCAACACUCAGGACGCCUGCGGCCGCACCUCCCUCUCCCUCGCCACAUACCUGGGGUGGCUGGAAGGCUGUGUUUGUUUACUACGAAAUGGAGCCAAGCAGAACAUCCCUGAUAAGAAUGGACGUUUGCCUCUUCAUGCUGCUACUGCGGAGGUUGACCUCAGGCUCAUGGCUGUGUUGCUGCAACAAUCAGCACUGUGUGAAAUAAAUCAUCAAGACAAUGAGGGAAUGACCGCCCUUCACUGGGCAUCCUUCCAUAACCGUCCAGAGCAUGUGCAGGCCCUGCUGCAGAAAGGAGCGGACCCCACGCUGGUGGAUAAAGACUUUAAAACUGCACUUCACUGGGCUGUGCAGAGUGGUAGCAGAUUUAUGUGCUCACUGAUUCUCGAUCAUCACCUCGGCUCCUCUGUCAUCAACUACGACGAUGAAAACGGCAAAACCUGUGUUCACAUCGCAGCAGCUGCAGGUUACAGCGACAUCAUCUACGAGCUGGCCCGCGUCCCCGAGACCAACCUGCAGGCCCUGGAUGUGGACGAGCGGACUCCUCUGCACUGGGCAGCCGCUGCAGGGAAGGAGGACUGUGUGCAGGCUUUGCUGCAGUUGGGUGUGGAGGCCGGCCCCAGAGACAUCAACGAGAACACUCCACUGACUUACGCCAUGUACUGCGGCCACACUGCCUGCAUCAAACUCCUCUCAGCUGAAAACAGGUCUGAGUCAGUCCGACAGCUUCACUCUCAAUACACAGAUCCUUCUAUCCGAAAAGAGGGUAAAUUCCGCGUUCUGAACAACAUCUUUUCCUGUAAGAAGAAGAAAGAGCUGCAUGCGGCGCGGCAGAGGGAGCUGAGUCGAGAGCGGCAGCUUGAGGAGGAGACCUCUGAAGUGGACGAUAUUAUCACCAUGUUCGACUGCAUCAACGACCUCCCCGGUAAAGAGGAGAACAGAAAGUGCCCAAACGAGCCUGAAAAGCUCCACCUGAUCGAAGACCCCACAGCCAAGGACUACAAGAGCCUGCCGCCCAUCCGCACACAGAGUCUUCCACCCAUCACUCUGGGAAACUCUCUGCUAGCCAACUCGCACACUGCAGCACACAGAACUGUCUCAGGCCAAAUGGUCAGUCACUUGGCCCACAGAUCGCAGAAGAGCAAGAGUGAGCAUGAUCUUUUCGACAGCAGAAUGAAGGGUCAGAAAGCUUCUGCUCCUGCGUGGAAAACUGAAUCCAGUCAGUUGUUAACCCACAAGGCUUGGAUCUCACCUCCAUCCGACAGGCUGCUGGAUAAACUGCUGCACGAAACAGCUAGUCCCAUAGAUGUGCUUUGCUCCAACCACACACCUUACAUUCAGAGGAACGACCAAGCUGCAAAUACACAUCUAGUACCACUGAGGGCAAGAGAAUCUGCACUGAUGCGCAACAGUUUGGCUCCUAUUCGUGAUCACUGCACUCACAGAUUCUCCCUGCCACCUGAUCAAGUCUCUCAAGGAGUGAAGAAGUCCAAAUCUCUACCCCUCAGCUCUCUGGCACGGAAUCUUGCAGGUCUCCCGCUCCCCCUAACCUCCAAAGCCCAGAGACCAAGCGUCCCUCAAAGCCAGUCUCUGUUAUCCUUCCCGGCCCCGCUGACCACCGAGCCUCUGAGAAACAUUCAAGUUCUUCCCGCAAUCCCUCCUCAAAGAAAACGAAGCCCCUCCCCUCCAAAGCUCCCGAAAGCAGCUCUGAGCAGUUCUGAUAACUCAACUUGAUUGAUCUUCUGUUUACUAGUGACAACAGAGUGAAACAGGUGACCUCUACUCAAACGAAGUGAGACUGAUUCCUGUCUGUAAACUUGAAUUGAUAAAGAUCUUCAGGUUUAGGUCAAAAACUGUUGGACUGUAAGUGCCCAGUGCUCGUUGCCAGUACAUUUCAUGGCAAGGAAGGGAAGAUUGAAACGUAUAGUUACAACAUUUGAAAAGUUUACGAACUUGUCUGCCUAUUUUUUCAUACAUUUUUACAGAAGAAAUGAUUUUUUUGUCUAUGGCAUGCACUGUGUAUUCUCUGGUUUUCUGGUUUGCCUUGUAAUUUUAACACUUAAACAUACAGUUUGAGUGUCUAAUGUCAAUGUUUUAAGAUAACAUUAUUGAUAAUAAAUGGUGCAUCAUUUUUUCAUC